CUCGCACAGCUCAAGAACGGUAUCAAUGGCGAGGCCUCAACAGCGGUAUCGAGGCGUUCGUCGACGGCAUUGGGGGUCUUGGGUUUCCGAAAUUCGACACCCUUUAUUGAAGACCAGAAUUUGGCUGGGCACUUUCGAAACGGCCGAAGAUGCAGCCAGAGCCUACGACGGAGCCGCCCGGCUCAUGUGCGGCCCUAGAGCCAGAACCAAUUUCCCCUUCAACGCAAACGAUUCCAAUUCUUUUGAACUCUUCUCUGCAAAUUUGACCGCCAAGCUUCACCGGUGUUACAUGGCGUCUCUGCAUUUGACGAACCCAUCGCCGCAGAAACCCGCCAUGCCAGUGACGACGGAGAACGAAAGGGUGGCGGCGGCGGCGGCGGUGAAAAGGGGUCAGACGGAGAUGGUCGCCCAUCAGCCGUUUGAGGCUCUGGAAGAGGAUGAUAUUGAACAAAUGAUUGAGGAAUUGAUUCAUUAUGGGUCUGUUGAGCUCUGUUCCGUGAUGCCGCCGCCGCCGUCUCAGGCGUUUUGA